AUGCCUCAUCCACAGAUCUUGGCCCAGCACGUUGGACGGGACCACCAGACAGAACAUCAAAACCAUGGGCCGUAUCUUCUCCGCGUAAUAUGGCCCUUGGCCGCGCUCUCGACUCUCUUCCUGGGGCUACGACUGUACUGCAAGCUGUCGCGACGGCACCGCCUGUUUUGGGACGACUAUUUCCUUCUGGCCAGCUGGAUCGCCGUUGUGUACUCGAUCGCUCUUCAGACGGUCGCCGUCCACUACGGACUCGGGAUGCCCUAUGAGGACAUCAGCGACGAAAACAUCUCGAUGCUCGGCAUGUACUCAAUGGCCGCUGGCUUUGGCACCAUUCUCGCCACGUGCUGGAGCAAGACAUCGUUUGCGAUUACUCUGUUGCGCAUCUCAGAGGGCGGGAUGCGCCACUUCAUCUGGAGUAUCAUCAUCUCCGUCAACGUGGUUCUGGCCUCUAACGGGGUCAUUCACUGGGUACAGUGCUGGCCAGUCGAGAAGACCUGGCACUACUACAUGCCCGGCUCAUGCUUCCCAGCCGACGUUGUUCGGUACUAUAAUACUGCCGUUGCUGUGUUCUCGGGCGUUAUGGAUAUUGUGCUCGCGCUCCUUCCCUGGAAGAUUAUUUGGACCAUUUCUAUCAACAAACGGGAGAGGCUGGGCGCUCUGGUGGCGAUGAGUGCCGGUGUGAUCACCGGCGUCAUGGCCUUCUUGAAGAUACGAACCAUGUAUGUGAUUGGAAAUGCCAAUGCAACUACCGUGGAUCUACAGAUCUUUGGGACUGCCGAGCCUGCCACCGCAAUCAUGGCCGCCUCCAUCCCAAUGCUGCGCGUCCUCAUCCAACGGGACUCUGGCUCAAGGCCCACAAGAUUCAUCGAGCUUCGAGCUGGUGAAGAGCGUGGCAACACCAUCAGGGCAGGAUCAAAGCGGACGGUCGAGGAAUCAUGGACGGAGCACCCCGAGCCGCUGCAGGAGCGGGCUGUGUCCCCCCGCGCGGUGUAA